UAUAAUUAUAAAAUUAGGGGGGAAAAAAAAAAAAUAAAAAAUAUAGAUAAUAUAACCAAUAAUUCAUUAAUGGCAACCAUCAUGUUGAUAGUUAUGAUGAGUUGCUCAAACGAAAAGAAAAUUCAUUUUUUUGGGACAAAACAUACAACUUUUAAUCGUGUUGACAAACAAGCAUAUACAGAUCCGAUAAAGAAACAAAAAACAUGUUUGUUCCAUAAAUGGCUAGAUAGACAUAGACAUAGACAUAGACAUAUGUGCGAAAAUUGGAAUAACAAAGAGAAAAUGUUGAACAAAUUGAAUGAAAAAUGUAAUAUGCAACAUAAGGAACAUAUAUUAGGUAUACCAACAUCAACUCAUGAUGAUACUGAUAUGAAUAAAAUUAAUGAUGAAACAUAUAAUGUGAUUGGAGCAAAUAUAUGUAUGAUCAUGACAAUAAUGAAAAAUCUCCCCUUGAUAAUCUUAGAUCAAAAAAUACCCCACCUAAUGAUAUCACAACAAAAAAUAAUGAUUUUCAAACAAAGAAUUUACGAACAUAUAUAUCUACGGUUAUACGUAUGGACGAAAAAAAUAAUGUAA